AUGGACCGCAAUGGCCGGUUCACGUUACAUCAGCUUGCUGCCAGAACCAGCUCUGAUUCCUCCCAAACCACCGUCUCAUACGAUGCCGGUCACAUUGUUCUGUCUUUCUUCACGUCUCUCAUAGGAUGCAUCACCACGUUGGAACUGCUGCAAAGGCGCACAUCGACGAGAGGAGCGUACAAUUGGUUUCUGCUCGUGGCAUCCGCAAUCACCAUGGGUGGCAUCGGUAUCUGGGGCAUGCACUUUGUCGGCAAUAGAGCUAUCGUGUUACAAAACGGAGACCGCCGCCGCCAGAUUCUCUACAACCCCGGCUUCACGGCCAUCUCGUUCUUUAUGCCAAUCAUCGUCCUUCUCUUCGCUUUCUACACUCUUGGAAUGCCGGCUCGAGCCCGCCCACUUCAUGUUGCCAUCGCCGCCUGUCUCACAGGAGCCGCGGCUUGCGCCAUGCACUAUCUCGGUCAAUACGGCGUGGAGAACUAUGUUUGCUCAUAUAGGGUGCAGAAUGUUGCCGGAGCCGCCAUCAUCGCCGUACUGGCCAGUUACACCGCCCUUGGGAUAUUUUUUCGGCUGCGAGACGCAUGGAAAGACGGUUGGUGGAAGCGUGCCCUGUGUGGUGUCAUUCUUGCCACUGCUGUCUCCGGAAUGCAUUGGACAGCAGCGGUUGGUACAGAUUACCACUGGAAAGGCGAUGUGAACAUCCAUGGAAACUCCAGGUCACAAACUGCAGUCAUUGCAGCUUCCCUCUCAAUGGGCUCUUGUGUCAUCCUUCUUGUGGUGGCCUUCAUUCGAGGUCGCAACAAACUCUCUGCCAGGAUCAAAGCACAGCGGCUGGUGUUGGCUUGCGCUUACUUUGACACCGAAGGCAAAAUGAUGGUCACCCAGGAAGGAACCUUGCCCAGUGAAAAAAUAACAAACCACUAUAUCGAGAAGACUUUUGGUGAAGAUGAACUUAGCAGAUCUCAUCCAACCUACCUCUGGAUAUUCAAAGCCUCGCAUCAUUGGAUAACCCUACAUGGCCUCAUUCCCAGCAUGAGAGAUCAUAUCGAAAAUGACCCAAUAGCAAGGAAAUACCGGCCCAGCAACACCUCCAAAAACUUGCCAGAUGACGCGAUGGCAGGUUCCAUCAACUUCGCCCCGAUAUUCAAGCAAUUGUUCUGCGUCACUGCCCAGCAGCUGGCCAAUCUCGUCCAUCAACCGCUGGAGAGGCUCGGGGUCUUAUUCGAAGAACCCUUGGACACGGGAACAACCUCUCUGCACACGCAAUUGAGUAUCAAUAUCAGGCCGCUAUCGGCCAGAUCUUAUAAAAAGACGGCAGACACUGAGCAAGGGUUUCCGCCGCCACUCAAGGUUGCCCGAGGAAAGUACUUUUUCCUUCAACGACAAGUAAACAAAAGCGAGGCAGCCAGGUUUGCCGCACUGGGAUACCGAUUUGCCACCAUUGCGCAAAUCGCAGAACCACUGGCUAAGAGCAUGCAAGUCGAUUGUGGUGAGAUGGUGGCUAAGAUUGAGCGGAUGAGGCGGAGUACAUCAGCCGAGCAUCUUCCACCCCCCAGAGUGCAUCUCGCUUGUUUUAUGCUCCGUCCAAGCAUGUACAAAAGCUUCGACGUUCUUGUUCCCACCACCUCGCAAGACCAGUUGCCGUACGUGCCGAUACAAUGCGGUGAUCUAUCUGGAGACCAGCUGGCUCAACUACAGCGUUUCGACGAUUCCACCAUCAGCGAGAUUUUGAGGAUCCUUCUCAACCAGACUGGUGUGUCACAAAUGGAGGAGGGGACGCGCUGGCAGCUUUACAACACCUUCGUUAAGCUCGUCGAUGUUAUGGGUGAUUAUGACACUAUGAUGCAAGCAAAAUUCUCUGCCAAAGCAUUCCGGGUGCCAUGUCGAGCGUCCGACGGCACAAGUCCUUCAGCGACGUGUACCUUCCUCACAGUUCGGGUGAUGAGAACUAUACACGCAUCUUCGAACAAGAAGGAAUUGACAUAUGUCCCUUUAUCUUUCUUCAGUGCUCAGCAACAAUGUCUUGCGACAGACUGCAGGGAUGAAUUAUUUGAGAGAAAGGUCAAAGCAGAGUUCCAGCAUGCUGCCCGCUCAACCUUCAUCAAAUGUCCCUCGUCCAUCAGCCUCCAGCGCGGAAGAACGAGCCCAGGUGGCUCCACCCUUCAAGGAGAAGAGUCACCAGGGCUGGGGUUUCUCAAAAACGCAUUGGCUCGGUUGUCAAUUGUUCCUAGCCGCCGGAGCGAUGAAUCUAAGACUAGCGACGCCAACAAGAGCAUGGAGGAAGGAACUGAUGUUGAGAUGGUGGGAAUUGCAGUGCUGAGCAGCACUCGCCUCGGCCAUGACACGGUAACAACACACGCGGAUGUUAUCGAACUUAACCAAGUGGGAUCCGGGCAGACUAGCUGGGUCGGCGAAGUGUUUGGUCUGUUCCGUCUGGGAGUGGAAGGGUGGCCCAAUACGAAAGUGGGAGUAUGCAAACGAGGCGGAAAUGACGCGCACCCACAAGAUUCUGAAGAAAGGAUUGCCAAUGGAGCAUGA